AUCACACUUCUACUGCUAUAUAAAGAGCAUCUCACACUGUCUCUUUUACUGUGUGAACAUCCCACCUGAAGACUCUCGACAGUUUCAGAUCAUUGUUGGAGGUGCUGUGAAGAUGCUGCUGUGGCUGUGUGUCACAGUGCUGGUCGUGGGCCUUCAGCCGGUUCAUUCCCAGUAUAACUGUUCCUCUCUGUACAACAGGGUUCCAGAUAACAGUGACCUGCUCGUGCAGUGUGGAGUCAGCAUCAUCACUCUGAAAGUGAACCUGUGCACGGCGCAGUGGGCCGGGUUCGACCCCAGUCGCUUAGCUCUGAACGGGGAGCACAACAACAGCAUGUGUUCAGGUCAGAUAGACUCCAGUGUAGAUCCUCCAGUCAUCCGCUUUCAACUACCAAUCAACGACACCGUGUCCAACCCAUGCCGGCAGUCUCUACAGAUUGUAAAUGAGGUCCCCAGCUCCGACGGACCCUUCAGUCAGUUCUCUACCGUCCAAUCGGUCAUCAUCACAGGCUAUAUCGACACGCCCUCUUCUGCAUCGGGAGUAAUCAGCUACUCCACAGACCUCUUCUACCACUUCUCCUGCCGAUACCCGCUGGAAUACCUCAUCAACAACACUGAGAUCGUGGCAUCAUCAGUGUCGGUGGCCACCAAUGAUAAAAACGGAAGCUUUAUUGAUACACUCAGCAUGAGCGUGUACAACGAUACAGACUUUUCAUAUCCAUUGGUGGUUCCAUCUGCCGGGCUGCAGCUGCGCAGUCUGGUCUAUGUAGAAGUCAAAGCCGUUAACCUGAGUGGAAACUUUAACCUUCUCCUGGAUCACUGCUUCGCCACUCCAACACCGUACAAUUCAAACAGCAGUAACAAACAUGACUUUUUCAAUGUAUGUAACAUUGACCCUCGCACUAAAAUCCUGGGGAACGGUCUCUCCAAGAAGUCCAGGUUCUCCUUUGAGGCUUUUCGUUUUGUGGAGCAUCGUGAUCAAGACCGGUCCACCCUCUACCUGCACUGCAUCCUGAAGCUCUGUGAACCCGAAAAGUGCCAGAGCAUUUUGAAUAGUUGCAGUGGCAGAAAAAGGAGAGCCGUUGACACUGGAACCGAGGCCACUGUAUCAAUGGGGCCGAUUUAUACUGCUGCUGAUUCCGCUGUCCCGACUGCAUCUGCCUAUGUGGGUGGUAAUGGACAUUCUGCUCAAGAACAGGACCGGGUAACUGGAGCAGUAGUAGGGGCUGUAUUUGCCACAGCAGGGGCAGUACUACUGGUUGUGGCUGGAUGGUUUGUGGUGAAGAAGGUGUACUGGAUUGGUGGAAUGCCUCAUGUCUUCAAAUAAAGGACCCACAGCCUGCCAUCUGCUGCCUGCUGAAGUAGAAUAAUUUGAUCUGUCUGAUAAGGCGGCUCAAGGUAUCAUAGCGCCAAUAAUGGACUGCCAGGAAUAUUGCUCUAGAAGAAGCUACACUAUCAAGAGUUCAAGAGUUUUAAUAGAUGUUUCAUGGUUGCAUAAAAAUGGAUUUGUCUGAUUAGUCCUGUUAAAAUUCCAAAAACAGGUUUUAAAUACAUUGGUUUGAUCAUUUUCAUGAUUUUCUUUUAUAAAUCAUUGGUUGUUGGGAUCAGCAGUUUCAGUUAAAUGCAGUAUAUCACAUAGCAGAUGAACACAGUGAUAUUUCAAAGUAAAAUGACGUUUACAGGAUGUACAGAAAGUGUGCAAUAAUUAUUAAAAACAAAAUUAAACAGGUGCAUACAUUUAAAACAGAAAAAAUGACAUCAAUAUUUAGUAUUAGAUCCUCCUUUUACAGAAAUAACAGCCUCUAAACUCUUCCUGUAGCUUCCAAUGAGAAUCUGAUUAAAGCUUCUGGUUGAAGGUAUUUUGGCCCAUUCUUCUUUACUAAGCAUCUCCAGUUCAGUCAGGUUUGAUGCUUUUGUGCUCCAAUAAUUAGUGCUUAGGGGUGCCCAAAUUUAUGCACACUUUCUGUAAAUCCUAUAAACUUCAUUUUACUUCUCAAAUAUCACUGUGUUCAUUUAUUAUCAUACCACUGUAUUUAGGUGUAAACUGAUUUUACUUGACUUGAAUGGAUCAUUCUAGUGUAUAAUUGACCGGUUUACAAAUUAACUUGCUGUUUAAAUAUGUUGUAUGUUUAUUUCUUGUAUAUAAAGAAACUAGUAUAUUAAUCUGAUCAUUGGAAUCGGAAUAAAACUACCCAGGUAGCACAUGAUCAAGCCUCAACACUGAAAUGUAGUUUUAAUAAUGUCAGUUGUAGUUUCAGUGUUGAAAGUUUUUGAAAAAAUGUUUAAUGUUAACCGGUUGUGAAAAAAGUAAAAAAAACAAAUUAUUUAUAAGCGUUUUAUUAUAUUUUGAUCAAAAGGCCAUUGUAAAUUAGGGCUGUCAACGGUAAAACGUUAAGCCGUUAAAACGUUAAUUUGGAAUCAGUAAUGCGUUAUUAUUUUUUUGACGCAAAUUAAUCAUUAAGUUUGACCCCAAUUUCCUCUAUAAUCUGCCACACCCCCGUGCUGUGUGCAAAUGACCUUGGGUGAGCUGUGGCGAGCAGCUGCUCACCGUGGUGGGGAUCAGCCUCAAGUGCCAUCGAGCCGCCACUACAACCCUUGUGGAUCCCAUUAACUUGGCCGCGCCCACACUAGCAUCAUGGCUGUGCGCACUUUAUGCAUGGGACUCACCCGUAUAUGUGUUUAAAUUCAAUUAAAAUCGAUUGACACCACUUUAAAUAUCAAUAUACAGUAUAUGUGUUAAAAACAGAAAAAACAACAACAUCAACAAACUAGACAGUAACGUUUAUGAGUUAUUUUAAUAUUUUAUUCUAAAGACCCUUUUUCAGAUGUGCUCUUCUGUUAAAUAGGAUAAUAAGACAUGAUGACAAAAGGUAGCUAGUCUUGGGAUCUAAAGGCAAUGUUGCUUAAUGAUGAGGUUGUUGAGAAAAUCUAAAUAGCACAGACUUUGUACAACAUCAUAGCCUUGUUGUGAGAAAUUUAACAACGUUGUGGCAGUGUUCUGUGUUUGCUGGGUAGUGAAAACGGCAAUGUUGCUUGUCUUAAACCCUACAGUAUCUGGAUGGGAUUAGUUUCUCAGGGCGACAUCUGUGAAAAAUAUUUUACACUCUUGUAAAAUAUUAAAAUCUCCUGCAUCCAGACUGCAAUUGAAAAAACAGGAGGACCAGUGAGUUUUUUUUAGGCUUUUUUCUCGGUCACAUGACAUCACGUUCAGUAGCUCCUCCAUUUCCACUCCCUGUUGUGUUUUUAUGCGUGGAAACGAGUUUUUAUCUCCAUGGAAACGAGCACCCAAAGUGUAAUUACGGUGCGCGGCAGUGGACAAAUAGCUAUUUUAUUAAACGCGAGGAAACGAAACUCAGAGAUGUUCGUCCGAACAGGACUAAAAUUACUGGAGAAGCACAGAGUUCAGAGAAAAACAGUAGAUAAUUCAGCCUGUAUUUUUUUUUUUAUCAGAGGACGUCUGAGAAAAACACGUACAUGAUCGUUCUGGACAGGAAUAAAAUUACAGAGGAUAAAAAAAAACCAUAAAAGAGAAAAUUACCACAGAACCCCCUGAGAAACUAAUCCCGUCCAGCUAGAGCUUACUAUUACCUUUAAUAACCUUACAUACAUUACAGACUGUUUGUGUGAGUUUGUUUGUUUGUAUUUCUCUCAACAUCAUUCUUAGUGGAUGGGUAAAAAAUGACCAAAUUUGUCUUAUAUUUGGAAUUAAACAACUGAUUCCUAAAAAGCUGCUUUGAGACAAUAUUAGUUGUAAAAAGCCCUAAAAAAAAUAAAUAAAUGUGGCUUUACUUAAGACAGUUUAAAACUAUAUAUAGAAAUAUAAUUUUGUCUAUAUGAAGAACAUACUUUCUGUCUCUAUAAAAAUACUAGGAAUAGCAAGAAGAUUGACGAUUUCAUAGCAUGAAGGAUCGACUGCAUGAUUGAGAUUUUUUUUGUAUAAAAAAGUAGAAUUUUAUUUUCGGAUUAAGGGUUGUUUAAUAGAUGAUUGUUAUCGAUGAAUAAAUCACUGUAGAAAACAAUUGGUUGCAUGAAUGUAAGAGAAGAUCAAGCAUUGUAUUAAUUUCAUUUAUUUAAAAACAUGAUCAGUAGACAAUAUAUAUAUAUAUUUACACUUUUGAACAAUUUCAAGUAAACUAUUGUAUGUACAGAGUUCUGUUCAAAAUAAACACAAUAAACAAAGUGAUAUAUGAUUAUG